UUUUACUUCCGGAUCUCACAGCUACGACGCCGGAAGCCGGAAGUGUGAAUUUCGGCAGCGGGAGAAGGGAAGGGUGACCGCAAAACUCGGACUUUCUCUGAGCGCCGGGGCCCGAGGAGUGCUCGUGGCUCGCCGUUCCUGCCCUUCUCACGUCGGACCGACUCUGCUGACAGAUCCUGACUUGUUGGAUGAGCAGGCCCCCCUGGAAGAGUCAGCUGUGUGAGAUGGUGCAGCCCAGCGGCGGCCCGGCAGGGGACCAGGACGUGCUGGGCGAAGAGUCUUCUCUGGGGAAGCCAGUUAUGCCCCACCUACCUUCGGAGCAGGGCACUCCUGAGACCUUCCAACGCUGUCUGGAGGAGAAUCAGGAGCUCCGAGAUGCCAUCCGACAGAGCAACCAGAUGCUUCGGGAGCGCUGUGAGGAGCUGCAGCGUUUCCAAGGCAGCCAGAGGAAGGAGAAAGAGUUCCUCCUGCAGAAGUUCCAGGAAGCCAGGAAACUGGUGGAGAGACUGAGCCUGGAGAAGCUCGACCUGAGGAGGCAGAGGGAGCAGGCCCUGCAGGAGGUGGAGCAUCUGAAGAGAUGCCAGAAGCAGUUGGCUGAGGACAAGGCGUCAGUGAAAGCCCAGGUGACGUCCUUGCUGGGAGAGCUCCAGGAGAGCCAGAGUCGCUUGGAGGCCGCCAUCAAGGAGCGGCAGGCUUUGGAGGGCAGGGCCCGGGCCGCCAGCGAGCAGGCCCGGCAGCUGGAGAGCGAGCGGGAGGCGCUGCAGCAGCAGCACAGCGUGCAGGUGGACCAGCUGCGCAUGCAGAGCCAGAGCGUGGAGGCCGCGCUGCGCAUGGAGCGCCAGGCCGCCUCGGAGGAGAAGCGGAAGCUGGCACAGCUGCAGGUGGCCUACCACCAGCUCUUCCAGGAGUAUGACAGCCACGUCAAGAGCAGCGUGGUGAGCAGCGAGAGGAACCGAGGAUUGCAGCUGGAGGAUCUCAAGCAGCAGCUCCAGCAGGCCGAGGAGGCCCUGGUGGCCAAGCAGGAAGUGAUUGACAAGCUGAAGGAGGAGGCUGAGCAGCACAAGAUCGUGAUGGAGACCGUCCCGGUGCUAAAAGCCCAGGCGGACAUCUACAAGGCCGACUUCCAGGCGGAGCGGCAGGCCCGGGAGAAGCUGGCCGAGAAGAAGGAGCUCCUGCAGGAGCAGCUGGCGCAGCUGCAGCGAGACUACAGCCGGCUCAAGGCCAGCUGCCAGGAGUCCGCCAGGAUUGAAGAUAUGAGGAAGCGGCACGUGGAGGUCUCCCAGGCCCCCCUAGCCCCCGCCCCAGCUCACCCCUCCUUCCACAUGGCCCUGCCCAGCCAGAGGAGAAGCCCCCCCGAGGAGCCGCCUGAUUUCUGUUGCCCCAAGUGCCAGUAUCAGGCCCCGGACAUGGACACCCUGCAGAUACACGUCAUGGAGUGCAUCGAGUAGGGCCGCCUGCCGACCAGCGGCCCAGGCCACCCAGCGCACGCUGUCCCGCCCACCCGGUCCUCGGCUCUGGGCUGGCUGACAUGGAGCGGGCCACCUGUCUGAGCACCGAGAGCCAGCAUGAAGACCUCACGCUUCAGCUCCCCCAUCCGCCGGCUUGCCUCAUUUAGGGCACCCGCGACCCCGGUUAGGCCCAAUGCUCUGCUCUUUUUGUUUGUUCUGUCUGCUUGAACUGCUUGAACACGCCGAGAUGGGCAGGAGCCCUGGCUCCCCGGGCACCCAGGCUCCCCUCACAGGUGACACUGCGCUCCGUCCCAGCAGCAUGCCGCUGCCACGGUAGGGUCGUGGCCGCGCUUGUGUUGUCACCAGGAAUGCUGCAGGGGACAGCCGUGCACAUCAGUUACGCAUCCCCCUGCGGCAGGCUGUUAGCGGCGGCAGUGAGCAUGCGCACAUGGGGUGGAUGUUGUCGGGGUGCUGCCCCACCUUCCUCGUAGCCUUGUGUCUGUCAGGCGGGGCAUGUCCAUUAAGGGUGAGCUCGAGCAUCUUCGCGGAGCUUGAAGGAUUCUUUCCAGGUCUUCUGGGGUUCACGGCUCGUUUGUAUUUUUUGCUCGCUUUUCUCCUGGGCCAUUAGUCUUCUGUUCCUCAGUUGGUGGGCGUUCUUGGGUCAUAAGCGGGAUCGGCUCUUGUGUGGGAUAGACUCUGCCAUGAUCUUCUCUUACCCGGACCUUCUCUUACCCCAGCCUGUCGUGGGUCUGAACUUCGUUGCCUUCUGCACUCCCAUCUCCACCUGCCCUGCAUGGCCUUGGGUUUGCCCUUCUUGUGAGCAGCUCCUGGUCUGACUGGGCGGGGGGGGGGGGCUGCUUCCCACGUGUGUGCUCUUCCCUUCCCUUGCCUCGUACUGCAGCGUGCCUUUGCCACCCCCUCCCCGCAGUGUGUGGCCACCGUAUGUGAGCUGUGGUUUCAUCAUGCUGCACCAGUAUGGGACGCUGGCCCCGCACCUGCCCCGAAUGCCUGGGCCUUGCGAAGGGAAGCCACUUGGCAGUGACUGGCGGAUUGGGAACACCAGAGUUUUUAUUGUUGCUUUGUAAGAUUCUAGAUAUUUCCUUGGAUGUAAAAGCCAUGGGCAUUAACCCUGCAGUUGUCAGGAAGGCACGCCAGAAGUGUAGGAAGACUGCCCUGGCCUCCCCAGGCCCCCUCUGCUCUCCCCGGGCUGGGAAUGGGAUGUUGCCGAAGGGGAGCCUGGGCCAGGGCUUGGGUGGCACGUGCAGGAGCAGGGGCCUCCCCCCACUGCCUGAACCCCAGGUGUCCGAUCGUGGCGAUUGUGCUUUGGGAAGAUGUUAAAGGCCCAGACAGCCCCCCACCCCACCCCCGGCUGCUGCAUUCAGUCCCGGCCCUGCGAUUUUUCUUUAAGAGCACUUUUAGUUUGGGGGGGGAUGUAUUAAAUUCCCAUGGCUACUGUGA